CUCCAGCAAACCCUUUUGACUUUCUUAUUGGAACGAACGGCACGAUUCUAUCGGCGAUCGAAUUCAAUGGCUCGCUACGACCGUGCCAUCACCGUCUUCUCCCCCGACGGCCAUCUCUUCCAGGUCGAGUAUGCCCUCGAGGCGGUCCGCAAGGGAAACGCCGCUGUCGGCGUCCGUGGCACCGACGCCAUCGUCCUCGGCGUCGAGAAGAAAUCAACCCCCAAGCUCCAGGACUCCCGAUCGGUGCGUAAGAUCGUGAGCCUGGACACGCACAUCGCGCUGGCGUGCGCGGGUCUGAAAGCCGACGCCCGCGUGCUCAUCAACCGCGCCCGAAUCGAGUGUCAGAGCCACCGACUCACAGUGGAGGAUCCCGUCACGGUCGAGUACAUCACCCGCUACAUCGCCGGCCUGCAGCAGAAGUACACCCAGAGCGGAGGCGUGCGCCCCUUUGGGCUUUCCGCACUCAUCGUUGGAUUUGAUCCGGACACUGGCGUCCCUGCCCUGUACCAGACUGAUCCCUCGGGGACAUUUUCUGCCUGGAAGGCCAACGCCACUGGGAGAAAUUCCAAUUCGAUGCGGGAGUUUCUGGAGAAGAACUACAAGGAGACCUCUGGGCAAGAGACUGUGAAGCUAGCCAUUAGGGCACUGCUUGAAGUUGUUGAGAGUGGAGGAAAGAACAUCGAGAUUGCAGUGAUGACAAAAGAACAGGGUCUUCGUCAACUUGAAGAAGCCGAGAUUGAUGCUAUCGUCGCUGAGAUUGAGGCUGAGAAAGCGGCAGCGGAGGCUGCAAAGAAGCCCCCUUCUAAAGAUAGCCAAGUCUAGUUUACGCCAGCUUCUGCUUUAGUCAGUUGCUUCUCUUAAUUUAAUACGUUGACCUGAAACUGUUAAUUUAUGGGCUGCUAUGUUCUGCAGGAGCUCAUUUUGCUUAUCUAUAAUUCUAAGUCAACCUCUAAUCGCAUGUCCGUGGGUUGUUAGUUACAGAGAAUUAAAAGCAGAGUUAGUCCACGGUGUUCUUAGUUGAAUCUUCUAGUAAAGUAGUAACACUAAUUUAUAGAGCUUGUUAUUUAUUAAAAGUUUGUACUAUGCUUCGGUUGCCCAAUGCAGCUGAUCGUUCUUGAUUACUUGGCU